UUUAUUGUUUAUUCCAGCGAAAAUGAUCAUUUGGAGAUCAUUUACCCCAAAUAACAUUUGUCAGCAGUGGUUUGUAGCCAACUGUUUACCUUCCGCGCGCCGCAGAAAGACCCUUCAGCUGCGCCUGUAGCGCGCGCGCUGCGUCACCUGACCGCGAGCCAUAUGCAAAUCUGCCCCGUCCUCAAACGCCAUUGGCUCUCUCUCACUCAUUUAUUCCCUGUCAACGCGCAUCACAUGGCCGCUCUCCCACUAACUUUUCAAGCCCACCGCCGAAAGUAGCUCAAAGACAAUUCUGCACUGGAUGUGAAAAUCACCCCGAGAGGAAGUUAGAAUAAAACAAAGGGAGACGAGCAGCCGUAAAGUUACUCUCUAUCCUCUGUCUGGAUUGUACCGAUCCUGUUCCAGUGGCCUCUUUUGUUAUUAAGAGGUUCUGCACGUGUGUGCCUGCCAGGGAACGGGGACGCGUGAAUGUUUCUGUGUGUGAGCUGAGUUAGUUAAAGCCAGGUGAAUGUAUAGCAUGAUGAUGGAAACGGACUUGCAUUCCCCGGGACCCCAGACUAACACAAACACGGGCCACACGGGACCCAACGGCGGCAGCAAAGUUAACCAAGACCGCGUCAAGAGACCCAUGAACGCGUUUAUGGUGUGGUCUCGGGGUCAGCGCAGAAAAAUGGCUCAGGAGAACCCAAAGAUGCACAACUCGGAGAUCAGCAAGCGCCUCGGAGCGGAGUGGAAAGUCAUGUCCGAGGCGGAAAAGCGACCCUUCAUUGACGAGGCGAAGAGACUGCGCGCCAUGCACAUGAAGGAGCAUCCGGAUUACAAGUACCGACCCCGGAGGAAGACCAAGACGCUGCUCAAGAAGGACAAGUACUCUUUGGCGGGUGGCCUGCUCGCCGGAUCCGGUGGCGGAGGCGGCGUGGGGCUGGGAAUGGGUGCGGCGGGGGUCGGCCAGAGGUUGGAGAGUCCGGUGGGUCACGGCGGCGGAACCGCGGCGAGCUACGCGCACAUGAACGGCUGGACCAACGGCGCGUACUCGGCCGCGGCUGCAGCCGCGAUGAUGCAGGAGGCUCAGCUCGCCUACAGCCAGCACCCAGGCGCCGGAGCGCAUCACCACCACGGCCACCACCACCAUCCACACAAUCCCCAGCCUAUGCACCGCUACGAAAUGACGGCUCUCCAGUACAGCCCCAUCUCAAACUCUCAAAGCUACAUGAGCGCCUCUCCAUCAGCCUAUGGGGGAAUAUCCUACGCGCAACACCAAAACUCCAGCGUGGCUUCGUCUGGGGCCAUCGGCACGCUGGGCUCGCUGGUGAAAUCGGAACCGAGCGUAAGUCCUCCCGUUACAGCUCACUCUCGAGCCCCUUGUCCCGGAGACUUGCGAGAGAUGAUAAGCAUGUAUUUACCGGCGGCGGAGGCAGGGGACCCGUCAGUUCAGAGCAGACUUCACGCUGUGCCGCAGCACUAUCAAAGUUCCGCGACGAGCGUAAACGGAACCGUUCCACUGACACACAUAUGAACAGAUUUCGCAUUCAGACUCAAAUAACCAAAUAUUUACCUCUUUUAGAGCAUAACUACCUUUUUUGUACAGAAUGUCUGUUCUUGUAAAUUUUGAAGGUGAUAUUAUUUAAAUAUAAUACUUAAACUGAAGGGAUGUUGUCUGAAUAAUUUGUCCGAAAUUACACAUUAUGCGUGAGCUUUACACAUUUGCGAGGGAUUAAUUCUUCUUUUGUGUGUGUGUGUGUGUGUGUUUGUGAGAGAGAGAGAGAGAGAAAGCUAGUGAGAGAGACUGUUUAAGACAUGAAAAAGAGUGGGUGUUACAGUGUAAAAUAUAGUCAAAUGACAACGUUUUUAAAGUUUUCUAAGAUUUCUCGAUCCCACUUUGAUUUGUCAACACGUGAGUUACUGUAUUUGAACUAUUCCUUAUUUGUUUGUUGUAUUUUUCCUUGUACAUUGUGAAUAUAUUACAGAGAAAGAUUGAUACACAUUUGUAAAUAUAAUUCGGAUUUGCCAGGAUAAAAGGAAAACGUUUUGCGUUGAUGUGAGAAU